CACUUCCAGGCCGCCACCUACCUCUGCCUGCUCCGCAGCGUCCGGGAGCACCGGGCCCUCCACCGGGAGUACCACGGCAAGGGCGAGCGCUCGCCUGAGGAGGUCGCCGGCCUGGUGGGCUUCAGGUUGCCUCAGCAGCCGGGAGGGAAGGGUUAA